AUGAGCACGGCAAUAUGGCGGGAGCCCGACCUGGCCAAGUACGGCGGCGGCGCACGGUUUACAGAGCCCCUGAGCUUGCGCAAAUCACUCGCUCGAAAGACCACGUCCGCCCCGAUAGUAGCCGCCUUCGAGAAGGCGUGCGCCGCCCUCGAUCGUUACUAUGAAGCCGCCGCCCGAGAGGGCUUUAGUCUAAGUCCCGCCUCGGCGGAGAAAGUCGCCGCCCGGCGCAAAUUGCUCGCUCGAAAGAGCAAGAAGAAGGCAGUCCCGCUUCCUUUUGACAAGUCUCGCGCUGAGCCUGGUCUGAAGCGUGGGGAGAGCCUUGCCCCCGCCAGCAGCGACGAAGAAGAAGACAAGGAAGACGAGGACGAGGAUGAGCAGGACAAAGACAAGGAGGAUGACGGGGCCCGCUUCGUACUAACGCGUGCGGAGCGCAAAGCCCGUACGGAGAAGCUCGUUAGCGAGUUCGUCUGCAAGCUCAACGACCUGUGGGCCUAA